AUGAUGGCUGAAGAUACGACAGCCGACGCAACCAGACGGCUAAACGUUAAAAAACAAACAUUGGACGAUGCGUACGCUGCCCCCGCGAACUUCUUAGAAAUCGACGUGGUAAAUCCUGUUACGAUGGGAGUCGGAAAAAAACGCUUUACGGAUUACGAAGUUCGCAUGAGGACCAAUCUCCCGGUGUUUAAAGUGAAAGAGUCCAGCGUCCGGCGACGGUACAGCGACUUCGAAUGGUUAAGAAACGAACUCGAGAGAGACAGUAAGAUAGUAGUUCCGUCCCUGCCCGGUAAAGCAUUAAAAAGACAGCUCCCAUUUAGAGGUGACGAUGGCAUAUUUGAAGAGGAAUUUAUUGAAGAUCGUAGAAAGGGUCUCGAGGUGUUUAUAAACAAAAUAGCAGGUCACCCGCUGGCCCAGAAUGAGAGAUGCCUGCAUAUGUUCCUACAGGAACCAUCGAUCGAUAAGAAUUAUGUUCCCGGCAAGAUACGGAACCCAUAA